AUGUCUCCAGACGCCAGCCCACAGAUGAUCGUCAACACCCUGCGUCUUCCCUCCGGCGUGGGCGCCACCUGCGUCCUAAAAACCGCCCACAACAGCACCCUGGACCAGCUGGCCCAGACCCUCAACCCGAGCGCCAACAACUCCAAGACCCUGGCCGCACGCUACUUCGACUCCAUGUGUCUGGACUCCUUCACCCAGGGCGUCCCCCUCUCCAACUUCGUACCGCCGCCUCCUUCUCCGGCUCCUUCGGACGACCCCGACCCUCGGUUCGAUGACGGACUGUGGAACUUCACGGUCGCGCCUCCGACCACGGUCCACGGUAGUCAAGAAAUGGAUCCCAGAGCCUGUGACGUCUCCUCCCGCUGCCCCUGUCCAUCCAUGAGCCCGUCCGUUGUACCUGUUCCAUGCAGGGAACCGGCUUCUCCUGCCCCAGUGGAGUGGGGGGGUCGUCCUCCACUCAUCAAAGUGGUGACCGGAGACAUCCUGGUGGACAUCACCGGACGCAACGUCUCAGAGUAUCUGCUGUUCACCUCAGACAGACUGCGACUGCACCGGGUCACCCAGCUGCUGGAGAGGAUCAGCGAGGUGGUGGAACAGAACCGGCUGUUCACCUCGGACCGACCCGGUUUGGGCAAAGAGCUGGAGAACCUGCAGCAGCACCUGGAGAGUCUGAGCUCCGCCCCUUUACCUGCAGACCACGACUUCAACAGCAGCCAAGGUUUCGUACUUGCGAGCGUGUUGAAGAACCAGACGUCUUUCCAGCAGUUCCUGGUAAAGAACCUGUCCCUGUCGGACGCCACGGCCGGCCUGCUGCUCAACACGCCCGUCAGCCAGAGAGAGGUUUACAGCCUCCUCUUUGGAUCGGCUCCCAAAGACGGAGGAGGGGCUCAGAGUUUGAUUCAGGGCGCCAAAGACCACAGUCCUGGAGGAAAAAUACACUAUCUGGAGGAGAAGGUUCUGGGUGGAGUACACAGUCUGGAAGGAGGCCUCAUUCACAAAGCUUUACAAGAUCCAUCAAAAGCAGCCCACAGACAGGCUCUGCUCAAACUGAUGUCCCGCGCUUUAGGUCUGUCCGACGUCACAGGAAACCAGAGAAACGACCAGCAGGGCCUGAAGGAGGCAGAGGGGGUCCUUCUGACUGGUGCCAUGUUGGAAGUCCUAACCUGUGGGGAAGGCGGGGCUACUGAGCUCAGUAAGAUCCUAUUGGUCCCCGAGAAGCAGCGUCCGGUUCUUCAGACCUACCGUAAUGUACUGUGCAGCGGAGGAGAAAGUCAACGGGCCGAACGCUUCAAACAGAUGAGUCUGGAACUGAGGGAUCAGAUCAACACACAGAGUGUCACUGAGAAGCUCCAUCUGGAACAGCCCAGCUCCCUGGUCCCUCUGUCCCAGUCCCACCUCGGGGCUUUACUGAAGGACCUGGCCGACGUGGAGCGGCUCCUCAAGGACGUGGACCUCCUCUCCAGCCUGGCCCGCCUGCUGCCCAAAGGGGCCUGUGCGGGUCGAAACGCCCCCUCCCCUACCAACACCACGUGGCCUCUGAACGCCACCACCUGGGGCCCGAACACGACGGACGUCCCCGGUGAGGAGGGCGAGGACGGAGCGGGGAAAGGGAAAGAGAACGCAGACAACCCUCACUCUCAGUUUUCAGCCUUUGUGCAGCUGUGGGCCGGACUUCAGCCGAUCCUGUGUGGAAACAACAGGAUCAUCGAGCCAGAAGCAUUGAAACAGGGCAACAUGAGUUCUUUAGGAUUCACCAGCAAAGAACAGAGGAAUCUGGGCCUACUGGUUCACCUGAUGACUGCAAAUCCCAAGAUCCUCUACUCCCCCAUCGACUCGGAUGCAGAUAAAGUCAUUCAGAAAGCAAAUGAGACGUUUGCCUUUGUUGGGAACGUGACCCACAGGGUUUGGUUGAACAUCUCGGCUCAGCUGAGGACGUUUGUGGAGGAGGGUCGUCUGCACAGCCAGCUGCUGUGGCUGCAGCAGCUUUCCUCUGAGCUUCGGCAGCACCCGGAGCUGUUGAACGACACAGACAGCGAGCUGAUGCAGGGUCUGAUGGAGGGAAACUACAGCCUCCCAAACACCUCCACCCUCCUGGAGCAGCUGGACACCAUCGACAACGCCGCCUGUGGAUGGACGCGCUUCAUGUCCAAGGUCAGCGUUGACAUUUUCAAGGGUUUUCCUGACGAGGACAGUAUUGUCAACUACACCCUGAACCAGGCCUACCAGGACAAUGUGUCUGUGUUCGCCAGUGUCAUCUUCCAGACUAAGAAGAACGGCUCGCUGCCUCCACAUGUCCUGUACAAAAUCAGACAAAACUCCAGUUUCACCGAAAAAACCAAUGAAAUCAGACGAGCCUACUGGCGCCCCGGGCCCAACACCGGUGGGAAGUUCUACUUCCUGUAUGGAUUUGUGUGGAUCCAAGACAUGAUCGAGAGAGCCAUCAUCAACACAUUUGUGGGUCAUGAUGUGGUGGAGCGGAACUACGUUCAGAUGUUCCCCUAACCCUGUUACACCAGAGACGAUUUCCUGUUUGUGAUUGAGCACAUGAUGCCGCUGUGUAUGAUCUCCUGGGUUUAUUCAGUGGCUAUGAUGAUUCAGCACAUUGUAGCUGAGAAGGAGCAUCGGCUCAAGGAGGUGAUGAAGAUGAUGGGUCUGAACAACGCCGUCCACUGUGCCUGGUUCAUCACUGGUUUUGUGCAGCUGUUCUCCGUCACCGCCCUCACAGCCAUCCAGUACGGCCGGGUGUUGCUCCACAGCGACCCCUUCAUCAUCUGGCUCUUCCUCACCAUCUACGCCGUGGCCACCAUCAUGUUCUGUUUCCUGGUGUCCGUGAUCUACUCCAAAGCCAAACUGGCGUCGGCGUGGGGAGGAAUCAUCUACUUCCUGAGCUACGUUCCCUACAUGUACGUGGCCAUCAGGGAGGAAGUGGCCCACGAUAAGAUCACCGCCUUCGAGAAGUGCAUCGCUUCCCUGAUGUCCACCACCGCCUUCGGGCUCGGCUCCAAAUACUUUGCGCUGUAUGAGGUGGCAGGCGUCGGCAUCCAGUGGCGGACCAUCAGCCAGUCUCCGGUGGAGGGUGAUGACUUUAACCUGGGUCUGUCCAUGAUGAUGCUCAUUAUCGACGCUGGCGUCUACGGCGUCCUCACCUGGUACAUCGAGGCCGUGCAUCCAGGUAUGUACGGGCUGCCUCGUCCGUGGUACUUCCCCCUGCAGAAGUCCUACUGGUCGGGCAGUGGGCGGAUGGAGACCUGGGACUGGCCCUGGUGUGGAGGUGGGACAGCCAGACUCAGCGUGAUGGAGGAGGACCAGGCCUGUGCCAUGGACCAGAGAAGAUCUGAGGAGAUGCGGGGCAUCGAGGAGGAGCCGAGUCAUUUACCACUUGUUGUUUGCAUCGACAAACUCACCAAGGUUUAUAAGACCGGCAGCAAAGUGGCCCUGAACAAACUGAGCCUGAACCUCCAUGAGAACCAGGUGGUCUCCUUCCUGGGACACAACGGAGCCGGGAAGACCACCACCAUGUCCAUCCUGACCGGUCUGUUCCCGCCCACCUCUGGCUCGGCCACCAUAUAUGGUCACGACAUCCGCACGGAGAUGGAGCGGAUCCGACAGAACCUGGGCAUGUGUCCUCAGCACAACGUCCUGUUUGACAAACUGAGCGUGGAGGAACAUCUGUGGUUCUACUCCCAACUCAAAGGCAUGGCAGAAGAAGACAUCCGCAAGGAGAUGGACAAGAUGAUCGUCGACCUGGAGUUAUCCAACAAGCGCCACAGCCUGGUGCAGACCUUGUCCGGGGGGAUGAAGAGGAAGCUGUCGGUGGCCAUCGCCUUCGUCGGAGGCUCCAGAGCCGUCAUCCUGGACGAGCCCACGGCGGGGGUGGAUCCGUACGCACGCCGGGCCAUCUGGGACCUCAUCCUCAAGUACAAACAGGGUCGGACCAUUCUGCUCUCCACCCACCACAUGGAUGAAGCCGACCUGCUGGGAGAUCGCAUCGCCAUCAUCUCACACGGGAAACUCAAAUGCUGCGGCUCUCCGCUCUUCCUGAAGAGCACCUACGGAGACGGAUACAAACUGACGCUGGUCAAAAAGCAGAGCGAAGGCAGAGGCCAGGGCAGUCAGCUGCAGUCUCCCUCGUCCCUGUCCCCGUCCUCCUCUCUGUCGCCUUGCUCAGAGGCUCGGGUCACCCAGUUUAUUCGUCAGUUCGUGGCGUCCUGCCUGCUGGUGUCCGACUCCAACACUGAGCUGUCCUACGUCCUGCCGUCCGAGGCCGUCAAGAAGGGCUGCUUCGAGAGACUCUUCCAGGCGUUGGAGCAGAGUCUGGACAGUCUGGCUCUGACCAGCUUCGGCGUGAUGGACACCACCCUGGAGGAGGUCUUCCUCAAAGUGUCUGAGGAGGAUCAGUCUCUGGAGAACAGUGACGCUGACAUGAAGGGCUCCCCGGGGGGCAGCUCGGUGGGGAAAUCCUCAGUGGGCUCAGGAGGUCUGGGGGGGCCGCAGGGUGAAACCGGGCCCUCAGCGGAGAGCGAGAAGCCGGAGGUGGAGCUGAGUAAUCUGGUGAUGUGUUCAAAGCUGAGUCAGAGCCAGUCCUCUCUGAAAUCCUCCUCAUCCGUCGGCUCCGUGAGGGGGGACGAAGGGGGGCCCUACGCAGAGUUCUACGGAGAGUACUGUCCGCUCUUUGAAAAUGGACAGGAGUCCGACUCUGCCAGCCUUCGGGGGGACUUGGAGAACCCACCGUCCCCAGAGCCCGAGGUCCUGGAGGGGCAGGGCAGCUUCAAACUGGAGGGCUGGUGGCUGAAGCUGAGCCAGUUCCACGGCCUGAUCGUCAAACGGUUCCAUUGUGCCAAGAGGAACACCAAGGGCCUGUUCUCUCAGAUCCUCCUGCCUGCCUUCUUUGUCUGCGUGGCCAUGACCGUGGCAUUAUCUGUUCCUGAGAUCGGAGAUCUGCCUCCUCUCAUCUUGUCUCCAUCCCAGUAUCAUAACUACACCCAACCAAGAGGAAACUUCAUCCCCUACGCUAACGAAGACAGACCCCAGUACAGGAGUAAACUGUCUCCAGACGCCAGCCCACAGAUGAUCGUCAACACCCUGCGUCUUCCCUCCGGCGUGGGCGCCACCUGCGUCCUAAAAACCGCCCACAACAGCACCCUGGACCAGCUGGCCCAGACCCUCAACCCGAGCGCCAACAACUCCAAGACCCUGGCCGCACGCUACUUCGACUCCAUGUGUCUGGACUCCUUCACCCAGGGCGUCCCCCUCUCCAACUUCGUACCGCCGCCUCCUUCUCCGGCUCCUUCGGACGACCCCGACCCUCGGUUCGAUGACGGACUGUGGAACUUCACGGUCGCGCCUCCGACCACGGUCCACGAGCCUGUGACGUCUCCUCCCACGCUGCCCCUGUCCAUCCAUGAGCCCGUCCGUUGUACCUGUUCCAUGCAGGGAACCGGCUUCUCCUGCCCCAGUGGAGUGGGGGGUCGUCCUCCACUCAUCAAAGUGGUGACCGGAGACAUCCUGGUGGACAUCACCGGACGCAACGUCUCAGAGUAUCUGCUGUUCACCUCAGACAGACUGCGACUGCACCGGUACGGUGGUAUAACAGUGGGCAACAUCCAGAAGUCAAUCCCAGCAUCCUUUGGGAGAAAGAUACCGCCAAUGGUUCGUAAGAUCGCAGUUCGCAGAUCAGCUCAGGUUCUGUACAACAACAAAGGUUACCACAGCAUGCCAACGUACCUGAACGUCCUCAACAACGCCAUCCUGCGCGCCAACCUGCCUGCAUCCAAAGGAAACCCUGCAGCGUACGGCAUCACUCUGACGAACCACCCCAUGAACCGCACCAGUGCCAGCCUGUCUUUGGAUUAUCUGCUUCAGGGGACAGAUGUGGUGAUCGCCAUCUUCAUCAUCGUGGCCAUGUCCUUCGUACCCGCCAGCUUCGUAGUUUUCCUGGUUGCAGAAAAAUCAACGAAGGCCAAACAUCUGCAGUUUGUCAGCGGCUGCGAUCCCGUCAUCUACUGGUUGGCAAACUACAUCUGGGACAUGCUCAACUACCUGGUUCCUGCCACAUGUUGUGUUAUUAUUCUGUUUGUGUUCGACCUGCCGGCAUACACCUCCCCCACCAACUUCCCAGCCGUCCUCUCCCUCUUCCUCCUCUAUGGGUGGUCCAUCACCCCCAUCAUGUACCCAGCGUCCUUCUGGUUCGAGGUUCCCAGUACGGCAUACGUCUUUCUGAUCGUGAUAAACCUGUUCAUCGGCAUCACUGCCACCGUGGCCACGUUCCUCCUGCAGCUCUUUGAGCACGACAAGGAUCUGAAGAAAGUCAACAGCUACUUAAAGUCCUGUUUCCUCAUCUUCCCCAACUACAACCUGGGCCACGGCCUGAUGGAGAUGGCCUACAACGAAUACAUCAACGAAUACUACGCCAAGAUAGGUCAGUUUGACAAAAUGAAGUCUCCAUUCGAGUGGGACAUCGUGACCAGGGGACUCGUUGCCAUGACAAUCGAAGGCUUUGUGGGGUUCCUCAUCACCAUCCUGUGCCAGUACAACUUCCUCAGGAAACCGCCGAGGGUCCCGGUCAGCUGUCAGCCCAUCGAAGACGAUGAUGAAGACGUGGCCUGUGAGCGGCGUAGGGUUCUGCGAGGAGACGCCGACAACGACAUGUUGAAGAUUGAGAACCUCACAAAGGUUUAUAAAUCCAGGAAGAUGGGUCGCAUCCUGGCGGUGGACCGGCUGUGUCUGGGGGUCCGCCCUGGUGAGUGUUUUGGGCUGCUGGGAGUGAACGGAGCGGGGAAGACCACCACCUUUAAGAUGCUGACGGGAGAUGAGUGCACCACCGGGGGAGAGGCUUUCAUCAAUGGAAACAGUAUCCUGAAGGACCUGUUGCGUGUGCAGCAGAGUAUCGGCUACUGUCCACAGUUUGACGCUCUGUUUGACGACCUGACGGCCAGGGAACAUCUGGAGCUUUACACUCGUCUUCGUGGUAUUCCAUGGAAAGACCAGGACAGGGUGGUGCAGUGGGCCUUAGAAAAGCUGGAGCUGUCCAAGUACGCUGACAAACCUGCAGGCACUUACAGUGGAGGAAACAAACGGAAGCUCUCCACUGCCAUCGCUCUGAUCGGAUACCCCUCACUCAUAUUCCUGGAUGAGCCCACCACUGGAAUGGAUCCAAAGGCCCGGAGGUUCCUCUGGAAUCUGAUCCUCGACAUCAUUAAGACUGGACGCUCAGUGGUUCUCACGUCACACAGUAUGGAGGAGUGUGAGGCUCUGUGCACCCGACUGGGCAUCAUGGUGAACGGCAGGUUCAAAUGCCUCGGCAGCAUCCAGCACCUCAAGAACAGAUUUGGGGACGGGUACAUGAUCACCGUGAGGACCAAAAGCAGCUCCAAUGUGAAGGAAGUGGUCCGCUUCUUCAACAGAAACUUCCCUGAAGCUGUGCUGAAGGAGCGUCACCACACCAAGGUCCAGUACCAGCUGAAGUCUGAGCGGAUCUCUCUGGCCCAGGUCUUCAGUAAAAUGGAGCAGGUGGUGGAGGUGCUGGGCAUCGAGGACUACUCCGUCAGUCAGACCACACUGGACAAUGUGUUUGUGAAUUUUGCCAAGAAGCAAAGUGACAACCUGGAGCAGCAGGAGGUGUCGCCCCCCGGUGGAGGACAGUCGCCCCUGCAGCGUAUCCUCAACCUGCUGAAGUCUCGGCCGGCCAACACCGAGCUGAGCGCUCUGAUCAGCGAAGCACCAGAGGAGCUGGAGAGCGACGACGACGAAGGACUCAUCAGCUUUGAAGAGGAACGGGUGCAGCUCUCCUUCAACACCGACACUCUCUGCUGAAACUGACCCACAGUGGGAGCAGACAGAGCUGCUGAUUUCAACCCUGACGAGGACCAAACCUCUGCACCGUGGAACGUAGAACCGCUAGAACCACAGCCUCCCACAGGUUCUGCCCUGGGUCAGCCUGGGCUCUGACCGGGCCCGGGGUGCAGACUCCGCAGCGGGGACGCGUGUUCCGGAAUGUUUCCAUAUUUAUUUUUUUGAGAAUGUGUCCAGACGGGGUGACUGGUAAAGGGUGUAGGCCUGGGUGGUGGUCCGUGGGCGUGGCUUUGAGGGGCCUGGUGGAUCCGGAGGCGGACCUUUGUUUCUGUACCAAACUCGCCCUGCCUCGACAGCAUGCUGUGAUGUAAAACACUCUAUUUUUCUGUGCCAAGAAGAAUGAUUUAUUUUGGAUAUGGAAGCCCCCCCCUCCCCUCCCCCCGCCCCCGCCGCCGACUGAUGUGUGUGGUUUAUUUUGCAAUAACAGAGGAUUUCGUCAAACGCGCUCGUGGAGGCGUGGACGCGCCUGUCUUUAGUGAUGUCAGCGACACAGACAGAAUGUACUGGCCGUGGUUCUGGUCCGGAUGGUGCCUCCCUUCUUGUUUCGACACCGUACAUUUGGUCUGUUUUUACCUGAAUGUUCUUUUGUGCUCUUUACAUAUCGUAUGCUAUGUAGACAAAGUAUGUGGACACAGUGGAUUCAGGUGUUUCUUUUCU